AUGAGUUCGACGAAAGAAUUACAAGAGAGUGAUGAAAUUCGUAUACUAUUAUUACGUAAACAAGGUGUAAAGUUCAAGGAAAUCGCUCAAAAACUAGAUUUGCCAUAUUCAAAGGUCACUGGAACAUACUACAAAUUGAGAGGCAGGAAUUCAAAAGUGGUUCGUCCAAAAAUUAAGAUUGCACUAGAUCAAGAUAAUUCAGGAGUCAUUAAUUUUCUUCUACAAAACUCGAGAUCUAUGAAUCCUAAUGUCAGUUUAAGUAUUCAGACUCCUGCUAGCUCAAAAUCGAUGAGUCCUAAUGUAAAUUUAACUACUCAGCUUUCUGCGACAAAUAUUGAAGAUGUUGAUAAGGAAACAGAUAAAAGUGUUAAUAACUCUCAAACGGAAUUUUCUCUCAGGAACCCGACGGUAAAAAAAAAAGAAUUAGCAGUUCAAAAUAUUCAAUUAGAGAAGAGUUGGGUUUCAACACUCAAAGAGUGGAAAAUACCUGACUGGCGUAAAGUUGUUUGGAUUGGCGAGAGUAAGUUUGAUAUUACGAAGAUACUAAGCUCUUCUGCUAGAAUUUCUAGUCGAAAUCGAGAAGCAAUUGAUCGGGAUAUCAAUAAGGAUGGCAAUCUUUCCUUGCAUAGAUGCUGCACUGUCAUAACUCUUUGGGGCUGUAUCAGUUGUGAAAGCGUCGGACCAGUCAUUAGGAUUGCAAAAUAUUUGGGAGCUACAGCCUAUGUUGACAUGUACGAAAAAUACCUAUUACCUUAUUUAUCAUCUUUGGAUAGAGCAUUCAUAUGUAUAGGCUGUAGGCUGCCAGGUCGACGUGGUAAAGUUAUUAAUGAGUUAAGCCAGGAACGUUUUGGACUUGAAAUACAAUCUUGGCCAAGCCAUAAUGCUGCACUUAAUCCACUUGAAGAUGUAUGGACAGGCAUUAAAUCUAAGCUUAUCAAUAUUCCUUCAAUAAUGCCGGUAGAUUUUGAAGGGGAGAUUAUAAAAUUAUGGAAUAAAACUGCAGUUGACGAGAUUAUUUCCUUAGUUGAUAGCUUACCUGUCAGGAUAAAUGCGAUAUCGAGCAGUCUAGAUAAGUUUAAUGACAGACAAUUGGAUUAA